AUGUAUGACCUGCCGAGGCCUUUAAUUGUGACCGCCGAGAUCGUGAAGCAAAUCCUAUCUUUUUGCUACCACCACCUCUACAGAAGGUCAAUUCCUCAAGAGCAGAAGCCGAGGUUCCGGUCUCCCCAAGGGGCUGGUCCUCAAGGCACGGUAACUCGGGCUUUGCAUGUCCCAGCCGAAGCUGGGAAGGAAAGCCCGAGGACUUUCCAUGUCCCAGCCGCAGCUGGGAAGGAAAGCCCGUGGGCCUUCCAUGUCCCAGCCGAAGCCGGGAAGGAAAGCCCCCCAUGGACCUUCCAUGUCCCAGCCGCAGCCGGGAAGGAAAGCCCCCCAUGGGCCUUCCAUGUCCCAGCUGAAGCUGGGAAGGAAAGCCCGAGGACUUUCCAUGUCCCAGCCGCAGCUGGGAAGGAAAGCCCGUGGGCCUUCCAUGUCCCAGCCGAAGCUGGGAAGGAAAGCCCCCCAUGGGCCUUCCAUGUCCCAGCCGCAGCUGGGAAGGAAAGCCCGUGGGCCUUCCAUGUCCCAGCCGCAGCCGGGAAGGAAAGCCCCCCAUGGGCCUUCCAUGUCCCAGCCGAAGCUGGGAAGGAAAGCCCCCCAUGGGCCUUCCAUGUCCCAGCCGAAGCUGGGAAGGAAAGCCCGUGGGCCUUCCAUGUCCCAGCCGAAGCUGGGAAGGAAAGCCCGUGGGCCUUCCAUGUCCCAGCCGAAGCCGGGAAGGAAAGCCCGUGGGCCUUCCAUGUCCCAGCCGCAGCUGGGAAGGAAAGCCCGUGGGCCUUCCAUGUCCCAGCCGCAGCUGGGAAGGAAAGCCCGUGGGCCUUCCAUGUCCCAGCCGCAGCUGGGAAGGAAAGCCCGUGGGCCUUCCAUGUCCCAGCCGAAGCCGGGAAGGAAAGCCCGUGA